CAUGACCACAGCCAUCUACAUGGCCACAGCAUCCGACAGGAGGUUCAGAGAUACCGGCCAGCAGUGACGGAUGUCACCCAGCUCCCCAGAGUACGAAGGACCUGCAACCUUCCUGCAAGGGGUUGCUCAGAAAAGGCUGCCAACCUGCCUGGAGUGGCAAGGACGCCUGAGCCUUCAGCGCUGGAAGGACAGGGCAUUUCUCUGCUGGCUCAGGGGAAGGUCUGAGCCCUUCUCAGCCCCACAAUUUUACUUUCCCACUUCACGGUGCGCCAUGCAAAUUCCUUUGGGGAAGCCUGCAAUGCUCCUCUGGAUGCUGGUCAUCACCUUUGCUGCAGCCAUUAAAGGUAGAGACACCAUAGAGAUGGUGGCAUCUGGUCCCAAGGAGGGGAGGGUCUCCGGAUCACUCCCACUCACCUGCACUGUAACGGGAGCGCCUCUGGAUAGCCGUUGGUAUGACUGGAAUUCUGUCCGUCAGGCCCCAGGAGGGCAGCUGCAAUUUUUAGCCUGGAUCUAUCCUUAUGGGAAAAACACAGGCUAUGGCCCAACCUUCCGAGACCGAGUCACCAUCUCUGCAGACAAAGACAAAGGCAAGGUCUCCCUGCAGCUGCGUGCUCUGACAGCCUCAGACACAGCCACCUACUUCUGCGCCAGGCACAGGGGGUUGGGACAACUUGGAGUAGCAACAGACAAGAUCGUGUUUGGAACCGGGAUCACUUUUUCAGUUGAGCCAAAGAUUCAAGAAGAAUCUGUCCCAGAAGUCGUUGCGCUUAAAUCAAAGGGACCCAAACGAUACGACAACAAACUGAACGUGGCUUGUUUGGCAAGGGCUUUCUACCCUAAGAACAUCAGCCUUGAUGUGCCCAUGAGUGACACUGUGUAUGAUCUGAAGGCACCUCUUCUCACAUCUGAGGGGAUAUACAGCACCAUGAAGGUAGCUGGAGUGGAAUCAGAUGCCAAGGUGACCUGCAAGGUCACGCACAAGGGGAACAAGACUACCACCAGCAUAAUUCUGCCAGAAGAGAAGACUGAGGAAUUUGGAACAGUUAAUGCCUGCAAGAUUACAGAUGCCUCCACAAAAGAUGUCAAAAUGGAGAGAAUGAAUAUGCUGUUCAUGGCUGUUUUGGGUUUGAGAGUCCUGCUGGUGAAAAGCAUCACCUUGAAUAUAAUCAUGAGUAUCACGCUGUUUCUCUUCUGA